AUGCUCCAAACCGACUCACCAAACCCGGUCAGAUACCCUAUCCGGCAGAUCCCUCCGGCCGUGCUGGCCCGAAUCCCGAAGGAACAACAAGAGAUUAUCCCUUCCGUGGAGUCCAUCACGAAGCGCAAGUACUCGACGUCCAUCGACCCGCGCAACUACCUGACGGUAUUCGAGUACAAAAUCAACGAGUCCUGGAUCAUCUGGGACUACUCCUCCGGCCUGGUACAUCUCACGGGGCUCUGGAAGGCCAUAGGCAACUCGAAGGCAGACAUCGUGAAACUGAUCGACUCGUCGCCCGAGCUCGAGCCCGACCUCAAGCGCGUGCGCGGCGGCUUUCUGAAGAUCCAGGGGACCUGGAUCCCGUUCGAACUAGCGCGCAAAUUGGCCGCCAGAUUUUGCUACAAAAUCAGAUACGCCCUUGUGCCCAUGUUUGGCGAGUCCUUUGUCGACGAGUGUCUGAAGCCGUACGAAAAGGGCUUCGGUAUGCUCCGCCUGAGGGUGAACGACGACGACUUGAAGAAGAAGAGAAGCAGCAGACGCAAGAAAUCCAUCUCCUCGGGCUCUGUGCCCUCCGCCCACUCCAGGAUCGGCAAAAAACCGCGCUCCCGGUCCCAGGAGUUCGAGUACGGCAAGUCGCUGUCUCCUAGCAUCAUCUCGCGGAACAAGGGUCCGGAGACCGGCUUCUUCGUGUCGUCCGUUGCGGCAGGUCCUGCAGCAGACUCGUUUGAGAUCAAGACCGCCAGGCCCAAAGCGGACGGGCUGCUUUCUGUUCUCAGAGCAGCAGAGAAUCUGGACGCCAACCCGCUCUACACCUCUAUUCUGUCUACUGUGUCGUCGUCGUCGUCGUCCACGACGUCAUCCUUCUCAACUUCGAAUUUCCCUAUCAGUCCGCUAGCUUCGUCCACCUCGCUUAUCAGCAGCCAGUACCAAUACCAAUACCCCCCAAGAGCACUCGAGAUCCCGUACAAGUCCAAGCCAGACCAUCCAGUGACCUCCGAGACAGACAUCAAGCGCAAAAUGAGCAUCAGCGAUCUACUUAUAUAG